AAUCAGAGAAUGCUUUGUAUUCAUUUAGAAAAUAAAUGGCGCUGGUGGGAAGUGAUUGACCUCCUGUGUUUACAAAUGCAGCAUGGAAGUCAUUUGGCACAGGACCUGGAAGCGGAGAUCACUGGAGUACAGGGGUGGACUGACCAUUUGGAAACUCGGGCACUGCCCGAGGGCCCGGGAUGCCCCUGGUACCUUUUUCAUAGGCUUUUUUGAGUUUGGGCAAGGACACAGGGGCCCCAUGAUCCCCUGUUGCCCGGGGG